UUAGCCAUGCGGACUGUUUACGUGGCACUUACGUGGAAGGAAAGCGUACGGCCCAAAAUCUAUUCCCAAUCCACACGUUAUCUUCUCUUCUUCUCCUCUCCGCAAGACACACCCACCAAAGUCCGAACCCAGAUGGCUUCUCCGUCGACCGAAUCCUCCACCGAGCGGGCGAGGUGCGCGGCCCCCAACUGGGCCGCUAACUGCCCACUUCUCUCUUCGGCAUUUCUUCAAACAUCUUUUCCUCCAUUUCUCAGACCGACCAAGCUCACACUCCCAGAAACAAGUGGUGUUCCAGAUUUCAUUCGCCAGUUCCACAGCUCCGUCGCUUCCGCCACUCAGAGAUGCGUCGCGUUGCUUCAAAUGUUCGCUUCUCAGAACCCAUUUCUCAACAGACUCUCCUCCUUAUCUGCCCACUUCGGCCAGAUUCAUUGCAGAAAGCAGAGGAAUUUGAACCCUUUGUCCAAUCAAAACUUUGCUGCCAUCUUACCGGGUGAUUCAGUGGCAGGGAUUGUGGUGGCUAAUGGCAUCCUCAAUUUCUUGAACAUCUAUAACACCUUGUUGAUCGUCAGGCUUGUUUUGACCUGGUUCCCAAACUCUCCUCCUGCCAUCGUUAGUCCCCUCAGCACUUUAUGCGACCCCUACUUGAACAUAUUCCGAGGGAUUAUCCCACCACUUGGAGGGACUUUGGACCUCUCUCCCAUACUGGCAUUCCUUGUUCUAAAUGCCUUCACUAGCACUGCUGCCGCGCUUCCUGCUGAACUUCCAAUGGCUGGAGUACCUCAACAAAUCCCUUCAUCUCAUACAAGGUUGUUUGAUCUUACAACAACACAGAAGAAAUGGAUGAGAAGGCUCUGUGGGAAUAGAUCAAAGAGCUCCGGCAGUGUCAAUUAGGUCUAUUUAGUUGAUUUCCACUGCUUGCUUUUUCAAAUUUCACACCCUCUUAACUGUGGUACUUAUGAGGUAUACUCUUUUCUCUCAUUCUGAGCUAUGGAUAGUAAUCCUCCUCCGGCAGUUUCUUUUACUUAAACUUGCUGAAUUGUAAAGAUUCUUUUGUUAUAUAUUGAUGGUAGUAAUAUACAUAUAUUUCAUAUA